GCCAUUGCCAGGCCUGCCGGGUUCCUCUGCGCAGCUUCUUCUCCUCCCCGAGUAGAGCCGGGCACCGGCCCAACGGGGCAUUCCCUGACCGGGCCCACGUCUUCCCACGGCCAGAGCGCACUGUCCCCAAACAGUGCACCUGCCGGCGGUCCCAACCCAGCGGGAGAAGUGGACAUGAGGUUGGCAGGCCCGCUCCGCAUCGUGGCCCUAGUUGUCACUGUGGGUCUUACCUGGAUCAUAGUCAGCAUCCUCCUGGGUGGGCCUGGCAGUGGAUUUCCUCGCAUCCAGCAACUCUUCAACAGCCCAGAAAGCUCUGUGACUGCAGAACCACGGGCCAGGAAGUACAAGUGUGGCCUGCCCCAGCCAUGUCCUGAGGAGCACCUAGCCUUCCGCAUGGUCAGUGGGGCUGCCAAUGUCAUCGGACCCAAGAUCUGCCUCGAGGACAAGAUGCUCAUGAGCAGUGUCAAGGACAACGUGGGCCGUGGGCUGAACAUUGCCCUGGUGAAUGGGGUCAGCGGUGAGCUCAUUGAGGCCCGUGCCUUCGACAUGUGGGCUGGAGAUGUCAAUGAUCUGUUGAAGUUCAUUCGGCCACUACAUGAAGGUACCUUGGUGUUUGUGGCAUCCUAUGACGACCCAGCCACCAAGAUGAAUGAAGAGACCAGGAAGCUUUUCAGUGAGCUGGGCAGCAGGAAUGCCAAGGAGCUAGCUUUCCGCGACAGCUGGGUGUUUGUGGGGGCCAAGGGUGUGCAGAACAAGAGCCCUUUUGAGCAGCAUGUGAAGAACAGUAAGCACACCAACAAGUAUGAGGGCUGGCCUGAGGCGCUGGAGAUGGAAGGCUGCAUCCCGCGGAGAAGUGUGGCCAGCUAGCACAGCCAAUCACCAGGACCAGGCCGAGGGAGUCUGCAUGGUGCCAACACAGAGUCGAGGUCUUGCCCCAUGCCCAGGCAGGAGGCUCCCCAGCCCCAACACAUCAGGGCUCUGAGGCAGUGACCCCAAGAUGAUGGGGACUGUGGAGCUGGCCCAUCAUACUUUGUCAUAGGAGCCCAGGUACCCAUCUCCUUUUCCUAAAGCUGGUCCCAGUCAGCCCCCACUUUGCCCUUUCUUCCACUCAUGUCAUCUCCUUCCCAAUUCCCAAGUGCCCCUGGCUGCAAAGGCUCUAGGUGCCCAUUCUUCUCACUGUAGUAGCUACUUGGCAGGUUGGGGCAUCUUCCAGAACCUCUCCCUUCCAGACACACUCACUAUAUUGUGGUCCAAACUUGCUUACAGUGUGAUUGCUUUCAGUGAGCCAAAACUAGUAAGCACUUUCACAUGCCUGCCUGCCUCUAACCUCUCUCUCAGCAGGAGAGGGGCCCUUAGAGCAGACUGGCCUUCGAUAGUGAGGUAGCCAGAGCCUGGUCACAGCCCCUAAUGCAGUACAUGGCAGUAUGCGGUUUGUCAGAGGGCCCACCUUCUAGAUGACCUCUUAAUAAAUUGAUGGCCCCCAAUGGAAUGAAAUGCAUUCAGAUGUUGUCCUCAGUGGAGAGUCAGGGGUGGUAUUAUGUGCAUGGAGGGGAUAAGUCCUAGAGACUCAGCCAACCUGUCCCCACAGCCUUAGUAGACAGCCUUUCUCUAUAGGGCCCCUGCCAUUGACAGCCUCCCCCCCCCCCCAGUGGCUAAGAUGUGACUCAAGUGGUAAGCAGAGUACUUCCCCAGUUGGUGUCACCCAUAGCCUUAACUGGAGACAUGGUUCUGUCUUCUGGGACCCAAGGAAACUCACCAACUUCUUCCCACCCACAAUGCACCUGUAGGGACAAGUAAAAUAACUAAAACCAGUCAAGGUGCUGACAUACCAAAUAAGGGGUGUAAAAGCACUCUGAGUUCCAAACAACAAGAAAGGGUGGCUUGGACUUCCCAGAUGGGAGGAAUCAGGACAUUGUGGUAAUUUGAGAAGACAGUCAGGCAUUCUUGAAGUAUCUGUGUUAGGGGGUGAUGGACUUAGGAUCCUGCUGUGCAGACAGGCUUUCUGAGCCUUCAACUCCUAGGCAUUAAGUGCUUCCAGACCCAGGGAAAGUACUGAGUGCAAAGCAAACCUUCAGAAUGAAAGUCAAGGGCAGAUAGAUAUCAAGUUAGAGGCAUGGGAGUGCCCAGGAAAAAAAGGCCCACCAGGAAGAAAGUAGUUUUUAUGCCAGAACUGCAAAGAUCAAACCAGAGAAAUGAGGACGGCUCAGCCUGCAUGUAGAUGAUGUUCGUAGCAGCCAAUGCCCAGCCCUGAGCCUAUGCCAAGCUCAUAAUAGUGUAUUCCCUUUUUCUAGGAAACAUUUUAGAGCUAUUUUAUGUUCACAGCAAAACUAAGCAAAAAAUAUAGUGUCUCCCCCCAUCCUCCAUUUGUUAAAAAUCAAUGAAUCUACAUUGGUUUACAUUAGGGUCCACUCUUGGCAUUGUACAUUCUGAGUUUUGACAAAAUUGUGUAAUGACAUGUACCCACCA